AUGCUCAAAGAUAGUACUUCGCAAGCGAUCACAGACUUGUGUACGGCUUGGAAGUGGCAAGAAGAUGUUGAGCCGAAAUUUGGAAAGUCCCUUGCGGAUGCAAUCGCAUGGUGUCUUUUGUGCUUCCGCAGCCCUGCCAAGGGCGUAGGAAGCCCUGGUUGUUUGGAGGAUAUGUGGCAGCACGUCGUCCUUCCUCUAGAGAGGGUUUUGUCGACAUGGUAA